UAGUGUUUAGCACGUUCGCCUCACACCUCCAGGGUCGGGGGUUCGAGUCCCGCCGGAGCCCUGUGUGUGCAGAGUUCUCCCCGUGCUGCCGGGGUUUCCUCCGGGUACUCCGGUUUCCUCCCCUAGUCCAAAGACAUGCAUGGUAGGCUGAUUGGCAUGUCUAAGUGUAUGAAUGGGUGUGUGAAUGUGUAUGUGAUUGUGCCCAGGGUGUACCCUGCAUUGUGCCCGACGCUCCCUGGGAUAGGCUCCAGGUUUCCCCAUGACCCUGAAAAGGAUAAAGCAGUAUAGAAGAUGGAUAUAUAUAUAGAUAUAUAGAUAUAGAUAGAGAGAGAGAGAGAGAUCCACUUUUUCAAUGUUCAGGAAGGGUGCCAGUAAUUCAGAUGUGGCAUGUGACGUUUUUGGUUAAAAAUUUAAUAGCCUGGUCACAGAUUUCUUCUAACAAAGGUAUUUCUUAUUUCAAAAUGGAAGUGUUUUGUUUGUUUGUUUGUUGUUGUAACAUGUAUAUUUUUUUUUUAUUACUUUAGUAUAUUUUAUGUCUGUAAUGUAAUUUCAUCAUCUUUUUUUCUUUUUUAAAAAUAUUGUCUUCUAUUUCCCUUGGGUAAACUGCUUUAAUAUUACUUCUGUUUGUGCAAAAGGGUUAACACAUUUCAGUCAGGAAAUGUAGAAAUGUAUUACAGAAUGUUCAAAACCAUAACGUAAACCACUUUGUUGUUUACCACGAAGACUGUUUACUUAACCAUUUAGCUUUUAGUGGACUUCCACGCGCCCCUGCAUUUACCUCAGUGAGGCGAACAGGAAGUGGGCGGAGUCUCGGGUUAUCGUCACCACCAUCACCUUCCCUCCGAUCAUAUGGUGAUGCUGAUGCUGAUGACGAGGAUGAUGAUGAUGAUGAAGCCAACAGUAACUCGGAGAUGAUUCCAGUACCACUCCAGCUCUCUCUGGUGUUCGUGUAAUCGUUAUUUUUGAACGCUGUUGAUGAUAAUAAGCGAUGGAGGGUAUUUCCUCUUCCCGGCCCGAGCAUCUGGUGCUGUUAGUGAGUAAGCUGAAGGAAGUGUUCGACAUGUGUGAUGAAGAUGAAGACGGAUUUAUACGAGUUGAACACUUCGUGCAUCUCGGAAGGCAGUUCGGCCAAACGGACGAGGAGAUAAAGAAGUUUGCGGAGUGUCUGGACCCGAACGCUAACGGCAAGAUCGGCUUCAAAGAUUUCUGCCAUGGGGUGUUCGCCAUUAAAGGUUGUGAUGAGAUCCUGAAGAACGUUCUGGAUUCAACCUCGAUGGACACACACACAUAUCAAACAGACAACAGCUUCUAUUAUCAGAUCGGUGAUGAGAGUGCCGUUACGCUACCCUGCCUGUUGUACCCCCUUGACUCUGAAAUGGACAGCAGCGGGGGGUCCGAGUCCUCUGACGUUCGCCAUGACGACAAAGAGGAAGCCCUUGGCGGACUGUUUCUUCCUGGAAACAGUUCACAUCAACUUGUCUCGUCGGCCGCGGCGUCUGUCAUUUCAGCCGAGGAGCAGUUUGAAGAUUACGGGGAAGGAGAAGAUGUCGAUUUUAUUCCUAGUAGCCCCUGUGCUGAUGACGACACACGGACUAAUGGAUUUUCGGAUCUAGGAUCCUCGCUGCCUUCCAGUGCUGGGCAUACCCCUCAGAAAAUCAGACACUUUUACAACAGUGAGCUGCUGGAUGUUUAUUGCUCCCAAUGCUGUAAGAAAGUGAACUUGCUCAACGACCUUGAGGCUCGACUCAAGAACCUCAAAGCCAACAGUCCAAACAGGAAGAUCUCCAGCACAGCUUUUGGACGACAGCUUUUCCAUCACAGUAAUUUCAGCAGCAGUCAUGGCAGCACUGAGGAUUUAUUCCGCGACAGCAUCGACUCCUGUGACACUGACAUCACUGAGAAGGUGAGUUACCUGGAGAAGAAGGUGACAGAGCUGGAGAACGACAGCCUGGCAAAUGGAGACCUGAAAUCCAAACUGAAACAGGAUAACACACAGCUGGUUCACAGAGUACAUGAGCUGGAGGAGCAGAUUAAGGACCAGGAGGCACGAGCUGAGCAAAGUUUGGAGGAGGAGCUGAAGAGACACCGAGAGAAUUACAGCAAGAUGGAGAAAGACAAGAGCAACCAAAUAGAGCUCCUCUCUAAUAGAGUACAGCAGCUCGAGGAGGAGAACUCUGAGAUGAAGGUGAACGUUUGCCGAUUAAAGUCUCAGACCGAGAAACUGGACCAGGAGAAGCAGCGCAUGACGGAUAAACUAGAAGACACGAGCCUGCGUCUAAAGGAUGAGAUGGAUCUGUAUCGGAAGAUGAUGGACAAACUGUGGCAGAACAGACAUGAAUUUCAGAAAGAACGAGAGGCCAUGCAGGAAUUGAUCGAGGACCUGCGUCGGGAGCUGGAGCAUCUGCAGGUGUUUAAGUUAGAAACGGAGAAACCUGGACGUGGUAGAAACUGCCUGUCUGAAUUCAGUGCUAGAACACGCGAGAUCGAGCUGGAGCAUGAAGUCAAACGCCUGCGACAGGAAAACCAUAAACUGCGGGACCAGAACGACGAUCUGAAUGGGCAGAUUCUCAGUCUCAGUCUGUACGAGGCUAAAAACCUCUUUGCUUGCCACACUAAAGCUCAGAGUCUCGCCACCGAGAUUGACAACGCGUCCAGAGACGAGCUGGUCGAGGCUCUGAAAGAACAAGAGGAAAUCAACUUCCGCCUCCGGCAAUACAUGGAUAAGAUCAUCCUGGCUAUACUGGACCACAAUCCCUCCAUCCUGGAAAUCAAGCACUAGACCUGUCCUGAAGAAGUAAAGGUUGGCAUGUUGUGCCACCUUGUGGCCGUGGGAGUGAGGCAUACCAACAUUUCCACCUCACAUCUGUAUCAGGAGAUCACACUGAAGAGAUGAUUAAAAAAAAAAAAAAAAAAAAAAAAAACGAAAAAAACAAGUGAUCCAUCUAGAAUAUAAUGUCAAAUGUAUUCUUCGUUAUACACUCAAUAUUGUGUACACACAUUCCACUCGGGUCUAUUAGUCAGGCUGCACUGAGAACUGUUUUCGAUUGUGUCAGUUAUCUCACACUGCUACACGACGUUGUUCCUCACUUAAAUCAGUCCAGGAUGGUUUGACAAUAAAGCAUCGUACAAAUAGCACUUUGCUAACCAUAUAGCACCUUUGCCAAUGUCUGUUCUAGAACAGUUCUCUGCUUUUCCAUCACCGCUGAUGUCUGAACGCAGCUGAAACG